AUGACACACGCCGUUCACGUGGGUGUUCAGGGUUCACAGCCUCAGACACUCAGAACACCCUUCUCGACCCCAUCCAAGACAUCUUAUGCUCGACCUAUCUCUGAAGCCACUGAAAUAUAUGAGACUGAUGUGGAUGACGAUGAGAGUUUGUUCGAAGAAAACUCUCCAAAGCCUAGCUUCGACUCAUUUGACAGCAGACGACGGAGUCAAACCACUGUUUCCUCAUUUGAGGAGGCUUUGACCCCUCGUUCUGAUAUACAGUUUGAACGUAGCGGCCCAUUCACAGUCUAUGGAAAGCCUGUAGAAGGGCCAAAAGGCCCACACUUGUUCCGUGCUUCCCAGUCUUCUGCCGAGUUUGCUUUCGAUUACGCUUUGCAAAUGUCUCCACUAUUUCCAAAGACCAUGGAAUUGCCGCCACAAGCCACUAUUGCUUCGCCUCAAGAGUUCGCCUUCUCACCUCAAGAUCUAUAUGUUCCAGGUCUUGAUGCAGUACUCCAAUCUCCUUCGCCCUAUAGUAUCGAGAGAUGGACAACCGAGGAUGUCUUAAAUUGGAUGCUCGAGACUGGGCUACCUCACGAGGUUGUCGACAAGUUCGAGAAGCAUGACAUUAACGGAACAAUCUUGGUAGAGCUUGAGUUUGAGAAUCUGAAGGAACUGGAAAUCGAGUCUUUUGGCAAACGCCAUCAACUUUGGAACGCUAUACAGAAUCUGAAAGGUGGUGAGAGAGGCCCAAGUCCUGUGCCAACACCAUUCCAGGAUAUCUCCCGCCCUCCGACCAACAUCAGAUCCAAAUCAGAUGGGGACAUUCCUAGAGAAGCAUUACCUGCUCUUUCUCUGGAAGACGAUAUGACACCAGUCACUCCCGUCCGCCAUAAGAAACGACGUGGUCGGAAGAAUCGCCAUCAUGACGAUGUCAUCACACCUGCAGAGUCGGUCUCGAUUGUCGCCAUCGAACAGCUAAUGCCCAGAGAACACAACUGCCCCAAAGGCGAGAAUUGUCCCAAGUGGCGCAAACAACAAAGACUCUUUGCUCGUAUUCGAGAUCAGCAAGGCUGGCCGAUCAGUCCGGAUCGUGGAGGUCAAAUAUUGAUUACAGGCGAUCCCGGUAACGCAGCUACUGCUUACAAAGUAUUGGAAAACGUACACCGUCACCAAGAGGCUUCGCCUUCGACGGGAGUUGCGACUCGACCGGUUUCGGAGAACAUGCCGCCUUCGAUCGUCGCUUCCUCUGAUCUCCUUGGACCCGGACAACUCCCCGCGUUCGCACUUCACGAGAACAUGCUUUCUCAACUCCAGAGCCGGGAUCCUCAGGAGAACGUCAAGCAAUUCCUCAACUUCCAACAUGUAGGUCAGGCGCAGGUUGAGGCACCGCCGACUCCUCCUCUCGAUACCUUUCCCGGCAAUGCCUUUGAGAUGUUCCCACGGCUUCAUCAACAAGCAUAUCCUUCUCUUCAACGUCCUUCCCUGACACAGGAACCACAUGAGAAUCUCAAGCAUCUGCCCAAGCUUGCUAUUCCUCGCUCUGCCAGUGCCAACCCUUGGCUAGGCAUGCCCAACGUCUUCUCGCCUGCCGAGACAAUCAUGUCUCCUUGCCGCAGUGCAGCCGCCUCGCCUGGAGGCCAUCAAAUCUAUCGCCAUGGCACUCCUGCGUCUGAGAUGGACGUUCCCGUCACGGCAGUCCCCCUGGGUCCUAUCUCUCGUGACACCAGCCAAUCGGUUCCACCCAAUAUGCAAUACCGAGAGCACACGCGCACCGAAUUCCGUCGCCAGCCCUCCCACCAACUGCCCGCUCUUGACGAGAAUGCCGUGUUCUCACCCACGACCGCCAUCCAGCGAUCCCCGUCCAAACUGAUUCACGUCGUCGACAAGGCUAAGCAAAAGGAGAUGAAGAAAGCCCACAUGCAAGCUACCUACGGCACUGAUGUCUCACAUGCUGGUUAUAUGAAGAAACGCAAGACAAAGCUUCUGCGUCAUGAGUGGCAGAACGCGCAUUUCCGUCUCCAUGGCACGCAGCUCGCUAUGCACGAGAGCAAUCGACUCUCCGCCCUCAUGCUCGACAGCAUCGACGUUGACGACUAUAGCGUUGCUUGUGCAUCCACGCCUUCCAAUAACAAGAUUACAGCUGCCCUCAAAAACCUCAAGCUCGGCGACAAGAAGAAAGACCUCGACUCCGCUGCCGCUUUCUCUUUCCAGCUCGUGCCCAGUGGCAACGACAGAGUCAAGUUGGCACAUGGCAAGACCCACCACUUCGCUGUUACCAACAGCAACGAGCGCAUCGACUGGAUGAGAGAGCUCAUGCUUGCCAAAGCGCUUCGCCAGAAGCAUAGUGGCUUCGAGGUCGAGCACAAUGGCGAGAAAGCAUGA